GUCCGUCACCCGGUCAUCUGUGUCAACAAUCAUGUCUUCUGUUCCAUUUGUAUUGAAGUGUGGCUGAAGAACAAUAAUCAGUGCCCAGCUUGCAGGAUUCCCAUCACACCUGAAAAUCCUUGCAAGGAAAUAAUAGGAGGAACGAGUGAAAGUGAUCCUAUGUUUAGUCCAACAGUCAGAAAACACUUGCGUAAAACAAGGCUUGAAUUGCUCCACAAAGAAUAUGAGGAUGAAAUAGAAUCCCUGCAAAAAGAAGUGGAAGAUCUGAGAGGUAAAAAUCUCAGUUUACAGACACAACUGAAAUCUCUUCUGGAUCCUACGGCAUCAGCUUUGUCUUGCCAAAAUGAAGAAACUAGCCAGUCAGCAGAUGAAGCAAGUACCAGUGGCCCAGAAACCCCAGAGGAAUGGAGCAAAAAGCUGAAAGUUGCCAAUGAUCUAUAUGAAAAAGUAGUGGAUAAUGUUGAAAAGUUAAAGGAGGCAAUCUAGAAACUGAGCAUGGAAAACAAUAGCCUUUUAAGAGAGAAUAUGCGACUAAAAGCUGAAGUUGAUAGUAGAUCACCCCAAAAGUUUGCUAGGUUUACAGUAGCUGCCCUUCAGUCCAAAGUAGAACAAAGUGAACGUGAAAUGAACCGUCUAAAAAAGGCACUGGAAAGAAGUGAUAAAUACAUAGAAGAAAUUGAGUGUCAGCUUUUACAGCUGAAAAAUGCAGGCGAAGGAACCCAGACAGUGAGUACGGUUACUGAGAGAGUGCUUUCCACAGAUCCUGAAGGAGCUGAGAGCGGUGAAGAUACGACAUGUUUGAAAACCCAAGUUGAGGAGAAAAAAGCUCUGACUGCCAGUCAAAGUCCUGACAGUCUUGAACAGCUGACAAGUGGUGGAACUUGUUUAAGGUCUUCCAGUCAAAACAGUUCAAAUGGCUCAAGUACCCAGUGUGCCCCAAAGAAAGAACUGUUUCCAGGAUGUCAGGGGGUUCUCCUGGAUGAAAAUACGACAAAUAUGGAUGCCUGCUUAGAAGAGCAGUGGAAUAAAAUUGAGGAAUGUAGCCCAUAUAAGGAUGAAGAACUUUAUGAUCUUCCACCACCAUGCACUCCUUUUCUGUCCCUCAGUCGCCUUCAGUUGAACACUCCUGAUGGAAAAGAGAAUGCAAGGAAACCAUCAACUUUCCUGAGAAAACUGAAAUUUGAAGAGUUUUGUGACACUUCAGAUGACUGCAGCAAAGAUUCUCCAGAGCACAACACAAGCAGCUGUAAUAGCGAAAAGAAGGCGAACUGUUUUACUACGGGAAAAUCAGGUUUUUGGGGGACCUGCUCAGCAAAUUUUGCUGAUAACUUAGAUUUUGAUGAAUCAGAGCAAAAUUCGGUAGCUGGUCAGUCAGAUGAGACAUCAGCAAAGUCCAGUGAUAAAACAAGUUCCUGCUUACCUAAAAGGUUACAUACUCUCUGCUCUUCUGAAACGAAUCGCACAAGAACCUCCAGUGAGGCAUCUAUGGAUGCUGCAUACCUCGAUAAAAUUUCCGAGUUGGACUCAAUGAUGUCCGAAUCGGACAACAGCAAGAGUCCAUGCUAUAAUUUCAAGUCCUCCGAUCUUGAUAAUUCUUCAAAGUCAGCAGAGUGCUCUAAGCUUCUGAAUGAAACUGAGAAGAAACUGGAAGACAUGAAUGAGGAACAGAAUAUGAAGUGUUCGGAGACAAGCAAUCUAACGACUGAUAGAGCCGGCUGGAAACCUGCUAUGUUUUCUGUCCACUCCCCAACUGAGCUGGAUAUGAAUGACCACUUUCCACUGUUUAGAGGCCAAAACGUAGUAGCUAGUGAUAUCAAACCUCCAAACUCUUUAUUUCAAAGAGACUUUUCACAGAGUUUACUAUUCAGUAGCUCACAAAGGUUGUUUGAGGAACAAAAGUUCGGUUCCUGCUUUUUAAAGAUGUCAUCUGACCUGCACAAUCAGCUGAGUCCUCCUUGGGUGUCAUCCUUUAUAGCUCAAAGGAAAAAUAAAAAUGUCAGUCAGUCGACCAAGAGGAAAAUUCAAAGCAGCCUUUCCAGUGCUAGUCCGUCAAAAACCACCAAAAACUGACUCUGCGUGGAAACAGAACGUGACUCAAAGUCGUCAGCCUGCAAAUGUUUAAUAUUUACAGGUGAACUUAAUUUUUAAUGACUUCAAUGCAAUCUGAUCCUGUCUUUUUAACUGUGUGAAAACUGAACAUUCCCUUGCCCAUUACAAGUUCUUUCCUCGGG